UCUCUAACUACGUCUUCCUACCUGAAAACAAAAAACCAUAAAACUACAGAAAACCUAAAACAUAGUUAGGAGAAAUAUGAAUCCGACCAUCCCUUGGAAGGAGAUCGCAAAGGCGGCUCUGGGUCUAGGUGCCACAUUGACUGCCUUGAACUCGUUGAUAUACACAGUUGAUGGCGGCGAGAGAGCUGUUCUGUUCGAUCGAUUCAAAGGGGUUCUCGAAGAAACAAUCGGAGAAGGGACACAUUUCAAGGUUCCAUGGUUGCAAAAGCCGUAUAUCUUCGACAUUCGAACCAAACCUUACGAAUUCAACUCCGACUCUGGAACUAAAGAUCUUCAAAUGGUCAAUCUCACACUCCGUGUUAUGUGUCGCCCUGAGGUUUCGCGUCUUCCGUACAUAUUCAACCACUUGGGUCUCGAGUACCGUGAAAAGGUUUUACCAGCGAUCGGGAACGAGGUGUUGAAAGCAGUGGUGGCUCAGUUCAACGCGGACCAGCUUCUAACAGAUCGUCCACAGGUCUCGGCUCUUGUGCGUGAGACGCUAAUCAAGCGAGCUAAGGCUUUCAACAUUGUACUCGAUGACGUGGCGAUCACGGAACUCAAAUACGGUCCAGAGUUCUCACGUGCGGUGGAGCGGAAGCAGGUGGCUCAGCAAGAAGCUGAACGGUCCAAGUUUAUAGUGGCAAAGGCUGAUCAGGAGCGACGAGCAGCUGUGAUCAGAGCCCAAGGAGAGAGCGAGUCGGCUCGGGUUAUAACUAAAGCGACUGCAGAUGCUGGGAUGGGUUUGAUCGAGCUCAGAAGGAUCGAGGCGGCUAGGGAAGUCGCGGCUACGCUUUCUAAAUCUCCCAACGUUGCCUAUUUGCCUGGUGGUGGGAAUCUAUUGUUUGGAAUGAAUGGGCCGAGUCGUUGA